GUCGGCCGUCCAGUUCAUCGCCCGGCUCUCACGCGUGGCGCAUGCAGCGGGCGCCACCACGGUGGCCUCGGGGACCGCCACCGCAGCACCCCUCGGAGCACCCAGUGAUCCCACUGGCCCCGCGGAACGGCGAACCAUGCUCGCGGCAUGCAACGCCGUUACGCAGCUCAUCUGCCUGUAUCGAGUGGCGUCGGUGCUGCAGCUGCUGGACGUCCCGGGGGCCGGCAACACCAGCACGGAGCCGCGACAGCAGCCGCCGCCGCCGCCGCAGCAGCAGGCGAAUGGGUCCUCGGGCUCUGGGACUGUUGCUGGGGCAUCAGCCGUGGCGUCAGGCGGAGGCACGCAAGUGGGGUUAUCGGUGGUAGAAGCAACGGUGGAGGGCGGCGCAGUAGCAGCUGCCGUUCACCGGCAAGGAGAUGCGGCUGUGCGGGAUGCGGCUGCGCAGCCGCCAGCGCAACCGCAGCAGCCGCGGCAGGGGGGUGUUGCUGCGGGCGGUGGCGGCGACGGCGGUCGGGGUCGCGCCGGCCUGGCGUUCCAGUGGCUGCGGGAGCUGUACGGGGCUGCACGAUCGGUGUACCGAACGAGCGAGUUUUGGAGGUUCAUCGAUCGGCUCUGCCGGGUGCUCCGCGGAUUGGAGGAGCGUCACGGCCGCUUUGCGAAGAUCACGGAAAGGAACGUGGAGGCAUUCAUGAUGGUGGUGUUCGCCUACCGGCGGCCUGAGCAGACGGUCGCGGAGGGUGAGGCCGAGAGCCAUCUGCUGCAAGUUGCCUGGGACGAGAUCCUGGAGGCCCACCGCCGCCGCCAGCAGGAGCAGCAGGCGGAGGCGGCCGCAGCAGCCGCGGAAGAGGGCGCUGCCCACGAGCCGGCCGCACCUGUGGGGAGAACUGCUGAAGCGGCCGCGCCCGUGCCGCAACAUCCGGCUCCUCCUUCGCAGCAACCAUCUCAGCAGCAGCAAGCGGCAGUACAGCCACAGCCCGUACAACAACUUGCCGUACAGCAGCAACCAGUAGUGCAGCAGCAGCAGCAGCGGUUGCGCGAACGGCUUCAAGAGCACUUGCCCGCACACCUGCGCAACCUUGCACCGCAGGCCCAGCGGGCGAUGCGGUCGGCCUCACAGGGCCAGGCGGGCCCCUCACAGCAGCCACGACAGCGGCAGCAGUCACAGCAGCAGCUGCAAAUCGCUGUACCGCAAGUACCAGGCAUGCAGGGCCGGGCCCUCGCGCAGCUGCAGCAGCCCAUGCAGCAGCAGCCCAUGUUGCCCAGGCCUCAGCAAUCGCAACUGCCAUGCCACCACCAGCAGCAGCAGCAGCCCAUGCAGCAGCAGCAGCCAGCAACAGCCGCAGGCGACGUGUUGAUUCGCAUCCUGGGCUGGACACCCAUGCAGGCCGCUGUCAACGGCACUCGGAACUACACGUUGAAGUUCGAGUACGAUGGAGUGACGCUAAACACCAUGUUUAGCGUGCAGGCUUCUCAGGAACCUGAGCUGCAGUCUUCGGUGGGCGCGGAGCGCUCUCUCUCCACCAGCAUGGUUGCGGCUGCCCUUGUUGAGCUGCUUCGCUCCAAGUCGUGUGUGGUACCCCUGGAGCUGGAGCAGAUGGCCGCGGGAGUGGGCGGCACGCUCGCGACGCUGCAGUCGGUCGCGGCAAUGCUUCGGUUGUCGCAACUUAUGGCACAGCAACUGCGACAGCACGGUCGGGAGACCAUGCAGCAGCUGCGACAGCAGCAACAGCAACAGGCGUCGCAGCAAGCGCAGCAGCAGCAGCAACAGCAACAGGCGUCGCAGCAAGCGCAGCAGCAGCAGCAGGGUUUGAGCCAGCAGCAGCAGGUGUUAAGCCAACAGCAGCAGCAGCAGGCGUCGCAGCUAGCGCAGCAGCAGCAACAGCAACAUAUGUUGAAACAACAGCAGCAACAGCUGCAACAGCAGGUGUUAAGCCAACAACAACAGCAGCAGCAACAGAUGUUAAGUCAGCAUCAACAGCAGUUGCAACAACAGCCCACCCAGGUGCUGCACUCCCAGCUGCAGCCAGGCACGCAACCCUCACCACACACCACUCCCCGCGCAGCUGCGGCCGCACCCACCGCCUUCUCUCCUGCUGCGACU